UGCACAUGUCGUGCUGUGCGACUGAUUCCAACAAAUUCCCCUUGAAUCGUCACAAUGAAAGGUCUCACCCUCUUGGCUGCUGCAUCGGCGGCGUCUGCACACACCAUCUUCGUCCAGCUUGAUGCGGGCGGUAAGGUCUACCCAGUAUCGCAUGCCAUCCGGACCCCAUCCUACGACGGGCCCAUCACUAAUGUCGCCUCCAACGACGUCGCCUGCAAUGGCGGCCCGAACCCGACCAUGCCGUCCAACGAGAUUAUCACUGUUACAGCUGGCACUACCGUGAAGGCUAUCUGGCGGCACACGCUCACCUCAGGCCCCGGCGAUGUCAUGGACGCUAGCCACAAGGGGCCGACUUUGGCCUAUCUCAAAAAGGUCACCAACGCCCUGACUGAUACGGGCAUUGGGGGUGGUUGGUUUAAGAUUCAGGAGGACGGUUACAACAAUGGACAAUGGGGCACCAGCAAGGUCAUCAGCAACGCUGGCCAGCAUUACAUUGACAUUCCGUCGUGCCUUGAGAACGGCCAGUAUCUCCUCCGGGCCGAGAUGAUCGCUCUACACGGAGGCGGUUCAUCCGGCGGCGCUCAGAUCUACAUGGAAUGCGCUCAAAUCAACGUUGUUGGCGGGAGCGGCACAGGCAAGCCCCAAACCUACAGUAUCCCGGGCGUCUACAAAGCCAACGACCCGGGAAUCCUCAUCAACAUCUACUCCAUGACGCCGUCCAGCAAGUACACCAUCCCGGGCCCGCCCAUCUUUACAUGCGGCAGCAGCCCAUCCCCUUCGCAGCCCGCGAGCCAGCCCACCACCACUCUCGUCACCUCUACGGCGGCGCCGACGAGCACCCAGCCGGGCCCCGGCAGCGGCGGCUGCAGCGUUGCGCAAUGGGGACAGUGUGGCGGGGCAGAUUUCGGCGGGUGCACGAGUUGUGCCUCGCCGUAUAGCUGCAAGAUUAUCAAUGCGUAUUACCACCAGUGCACGUGAGGAUGGGGGCUCAAAGUCAAGGGAAAUUACUAAGGAAGCAUAGCGGCGGGUGGCAUUACAUUGCUUUAAGUGAAAAUACGUGCUGAAGUUUGUACGAGUACGUAGCCACUCU